ACCAGCCAUCAAAGGAAGGUUGAGAGGCAGGUUGUCUCCCUCCUUCCCACCUGCAUUACCCUACCUGAGUCCCAUCUCACCUAUCAAUGGGAAGGUCUCCUUGCUGUGAUGAGAAGGGCCUCAAGAAAGGCCCUUGGACCCCUGAAGAAGACCAGAAGCUCACCGAAUACAUCCAGAAGCACGGCUAUGGAAGCUGGAGAGCACUGCCUAAGCUUGCCGGGCUAAACAGGUGUGGCAAGAGCUGCAGGCUAAGAUGGACUAACUACCUGAGGCCAGAUAUCAAGAGAGGAAAGUUCACCCAAGAGGAAGAACAAACCAUCCUCCGGCUCCACUCCGUCCUUGGCAACAAGUGGUCAGCCAUUGCGAAGCACCUCCCCGGACGGACUGACAACGAGAUCAAGAAUUUCUGGAACACCCACCUGAAGAAGAAGCUAAUCCAGAUGGGCUUCGACCCGAUGACGCACCAGCCAAGAACCGACUUCUUUGCCGCCCUGCCUCAACUUAUUGCGCUCGCCAACCUCCGCCAGCUUGCGGAGCAGCGGCCAUGGGACGACCACGCGGCCAAGCUGCAAGCUGAGGCAGUCCAGGCUGCAAAGCUCCAGUACUUGCAGAGCCUGCUUCAGUCUGCAGCGUCCAUUGCCACUAGUCCCAGCUCCAGCAGCAUCAACACCAUCCCCAGUGACCUGGAGCAAAUUGGCCUCCUGAGUCCUCCACAGAUGUCUUCCUUGUCUUCGUUGCCUUCACCAAGACUCCUGGAGAGUAUCAGUGGUCUAGACAUAGUGACUGGACAGGUGCCAGACAUCCAAAUGCCUAGCUCUUUCUUCGAGCAGCACAUCAGCAUGGAUGCCAACCACAACGCGGAUUACACUGCAAAGGGUAGCGUUGAGGGGGACAAUGGCACACCUAAAACGCUGCUGCUGUCAGAAAACUCCCUUCCGCCUCUCACCGACCUCCCAAUUUCCAACCUCGGCGACGCUUGCAGCAUCUCAAGCUGUGACGGCAGCAACAGUCAGUUCCCAAGUUGGCCUGUGUUGUUUGACGAACCGUUCUUGAGCGAGUUUGAGUGAAAUAUAGUCUGUGGAGUGUGUUAUUCUCUGAUUUGCUUUUCAGUUUUAGUUUCUUCCCUUCGUUCUUACCUCCGUUUUCGUGCCAUGUUCUGGUGUGAGUUUCAUUUUAGAGCUAUAGUUUCUGCGUGCAUUGGUAACUCAGAGAGUGCAAAUGCAUGCCCCUAUCCUAUGCAUAAACCAAACACUUGUAAAUAUGCGAGUUCUCCUAUAUGAAUUUUCCAGGCUUGGAUUCUCCAGGCCUUCUUUC